UCAGACGAAGCAGCAGUAUCACUCUGUCGGUGUUCUCUUGGGAUACGUUAAGAAGCGCUUCUGAUUAAUUGACUUUUAGGAUUUCCUUGACUUGAGUUAUAAGGUUCUUUCGUCUCCCCUUCUAUUGGAGAAAGGCGCUCUUUUCGCAGAUUUGCGAUAAAAAGUUCGCUUAGGAAUAUCUGAAGUGAAGAAAAUGAAAUUAGGUUUCUCUCUGCCUUCUUUGCUGACGUUCUUACUGAUGCCAGCAUUCACUUUUUUCCAGGAAAUUCUAGCAUUCCAAACAAAAAGAGGAAGAGCAUCUCACGUCAUGAGAGGCUUCGAUAUACUACCACAAGAAAUUGAAUUAUAUCAGCCGUGUCGAUCAUCUUUUGACUGCCUAGUUCAUAUUCCGCAUAGUCAUUGUGACUGGGAUAAAAGGGUGUGUACUUGUCAGCCUUAUCACGUCCCUUUCAACAACACCAUGUGCUUACCAGCAUCUUUACUAGGAUUUGGUUGUAUUUUAGACAGCCAGUGCCGAAUGAAAGUUUCCAACAGUCACUGCGUGAACGGAUUAUGUGAUUGUGAGCCGGACCAUAUUCCACUUCGAAGGGAUAAGUGUCUUCCACCCGCAAAAUUAGAUGAUUACUGUCUAAAUGACCGGCAGUGCCACAUGGCAAGUAGUUACAGCUAUUGUAAAUACAUUAUUCCUCGCGUUUACGGAAAGUGCAAGUGUCCUUUAGGGUAUCUGGUGACAGAUGAAGGAAAAUGUUUACCUCAUUUAGGUGGCGAGUGUGAGAAGCACCAAGAUUGUGAGGAAGUUACUCCCGAUUCUUAUUGCCAGCGAUCGGGAGACACAGCGUACUGCGAAUGCAAGCCUGGAUUUGAACCGACUUCGAAUAAAAUGAAAUGUCAACCCAUAUUACAAAUAGAAAAUUUAGCGGAUCCAAUUUCUUUGGGGAAAAGCUGUCGAAAUUCUGAAGAAUGCCAAGCUCGAGAUCCAUUCAGUAUUUGUGAAAACGGCGUAUGCACUUGCAUCAAACCAAAUGACGAAUGCAACAUUUAUAACACAGGCUGCUACAACGACACAUUCCAGUGUCGCAAUGGAUACUGCAUAUCAUGGUACUUUGUCUGCGACAAACAAAUGAACUGUCCAGAUAACAGUGAUGAAGAUGAAUGUGUGCCAUUCAAUUGCCCAAAACAAGCCUUUCAGUGUGAUGACGGCACAUGUUUAUCUCGGUCCUUAGUUUGCAAUGGUCAGUGGGAAUGCCCUGAUGGUAGCGAUGAAGCUAGAUGCUACACCGGUAUUCCAUGUGACAAUAGCGCAUUCCGUUGUAGAAAUGGACAGUGUCUUCCUCAAUACGCUUUUUGUAAUGCAGUUCAAGACUGUGCUGAUGGGAGUGAUGAAAUAAAUGAAAUAUGUGAAGAAGGUAAUGUAAU